CCUAACCUAGGUAGUUAGGAAGGUACGAAAUAGUUAAUAGCAAAAGUCUUAAUACUACCAGUGGUAUGCAGAUUCUUUUGGUGGGAUUGAGAUCGGCAGAACGGCUUGAGUGAUGUACUGUUCCACAUUUAACUAGGAGGGUAGUUAAAAAGCUUGGACCACAUAACUUAGUUAUGUAGCUAAAGCUUACGACAAUGAAUUUUAGUGCAGUACCGUACCCAUGUAGAUUAGGUACUACCUAGUAGUUAGGUAUAACAGGGUAGAUUGAUAUGCAGGUAAUAGAAUUGACCACGGUGGUACCUGAGAAUUGAUCUUCAGAACUUCAACGUUUUACCGUUUUACAACAGGAACAAUUAAUGUUAUGAUUCUUUAUUUCCUCAUAGGCAGCCACCACUACUUUAUACCAUCACGUAUUAAUAAAAGGGAAUAUUAGAUAUAUCUGCACCCCUGGUCCUAGAAAGGAGUAGCUAUCAAAAGUGACGGAAAUGGCGUCCUCUAGUCAUCACUAUAGUAGUCCUCAGAUAGAAGAGGACGACUUGAUCGACCCUGACGAUGCCGACCUCAACGACUUCGACGAUCCUCUCUCCAACGCCCAGUCCCAGCGAGAACCUCUAACAGGCAACAUCGGAUCGGGAUCCUCGUCCCAGCGGCCUCUCAACGAGAAUUAUCUGACGUCACGCAUCCCCGGAGAGGACCGCCGCGCCCCGCAGAACACGAUCGACGAGUCCGUGUGGGACACGCUACGGCGCGACCUGCUUGCCGUGUGGUCCAAGAUGCGCGAGGUGCUAUACCCGCGGUACCUGUUCGGCGGGACCAUGUUCGAAAGCGCCGAGGGCUUCCGGGGCGCGUACGCCAACCUGCGCGGCGCUGGCCUCUCGGGUGCCCGCGAGGAGCUCACGAGCCUCGCUGGCCGCGUCAUGGACCCCGAGAGCCUCCUCAACCAGAACAACAUGAGCCCCGGCCUCCGCGACUGGGACAUGUGGGGGCCCCUCAUCUUCUGCCUGCUGCUGUCGCUGCUGCUGAGCUUCCGGGCCAAGGAGGACCAGAAGGAUAUCGUCUUCAGCGGCGUCUUUGCGAUCAUCUGGAUCGGGGAGGCUGUCGUCACACUACAGAUCAAGCUGCUCGGUGGAAAUAUCUCGUUUGCGCAAAGUGUGUGUAUCAUCGGCUACACACUAUUCCCGCUCGUCAUCGCUUCCUUAAUGUCAGCUCUCGGCCUCCCCACCAUCCCUCGGGUUCCCGUCUACCUCGUAUUAGUCGGUUGGUCGCUCGCGGCGGGCGUUAGCAUAUUGGGCGGUAGCGGCGUCGUCAAAAAUCGCGUCGGUAUUGCCGUCUACCCCUUGUUUGUAUUCUACCUCGGGUUGGGAUGUCUUUGUUUUAUCAGCUAGGUUUACGACGAAACCUAUUUAAAAAAGAACUUCUAGUUUCCACCACCAUCACCACUACUACUACUUACUACGAACCACGGAUGGUCAAAAAACGGGCAGCGUAGCCAGAUGGAGAGUCAGCUUUGGCUUGAGAUGGAUGUGAGACAUGCAUGUAUUGGCGCGCACGUGGGAGGGGCCUGGGCAGGGCAGUAACCAUGGGAAAUGGAUAUGGUUUUAUUUCGAUUCCGAUUAUGCGCCUGCUUGUAUUUUUAAAAAGUGCCUACUUUUGCCGACUUGUUCACACCCAUGUAUCCUCACUGUAUGAUCAAUGUGAAGCGUCGCUUUUCUUGCUUUUUGCUGUUCUUACGUAUGAGCAUUUAGCAAUAUGGUGAUUUCAUCGUUGUUGUAGGCUUUGUCUCUAC